CUUUAGAGCAGAACCGGAAUUUUGGGUUACCUGGACCUAGGCCCCAGCACCAAACCUUCCAGAUGCUGUCUUAAAGGACAACAUGGUCGACUUUGAGCGUCCUUCUCCAUUAGGCUUUGCGCUGGCUGGGAGGAGUGCAUUUGUUCCUGAGCUCACAGCUCACGUGAACACACACUCUAUGAUGGCCAUGCCCCAGAGAUACUCCCACCAGCGGAGGAAAGCUAGCACAGUGGCUGCUCGGAGGAUGGAGAGGAGAGGCAGGGACCGGGGGAAAGGCGAGAUCGGCGGCCACAACUGUAGGUCUAAGAAGCUGGCUAUGCUUUCCAGGUCCCUGAUCCUGUGCCACUCGAAGCCCAAGGAUGACUACCCCAAUCCAAAAGAUGGGAGCGCUGGGGAGAACUGGGACGGGGACAGGGCUUGGGAGGCAGGCUGGGCAGCAGACCUGGCUGGGGAGAGAGACAGCUGCAGAGACAAACAGAUGACCAAGCAUCAACCCCUGGAGAAACAAGGAAGCAGUGAAGCAGCUAACCAGCUGGACCACAGCAACCCCCUCAGAGAACACAAGAGGAGCAUUAGAAGGUCCUUCAGUAUCAAGGAGAGCAGUAUCUGGAGGAUGUGUGUUGCCAUGAGGCCUGCUGAGGAGAUGCGGGGCCCACAUAUGGCUGAUAACAGCGCCCAGACAGAGGACAAAGAAACCAGUGUGGAACCAGGAGGAAAUGUGGGGGAGCUAUAUAGGAGCUCUUACCUCCCAAGCCCAGACAAGCUGGCACCCUUUAACGGACAGUGUCUGAAUGACCAAGCAAGGAUGGAGGGGGAUGCUGGGAGAAACAUCCACAGUAAAAACAGCUACGAGGAUACUUCUAGGUGUGAGAACAAUCUGCCCUCUCUUGGCUACACAGCAGGCCCUCAGCAUCCUCCUCCCAUAACCCCUUCAGAUCCUUCAACACUGAAUAGCUGCACAGACAAAGAGCUUAUGACCAACAACCUUCACAUCAAGUUUCCGAUCCCAGAGGUGAAUGAGGAGAGAUGCUGGGAGAAAGAUAAGACAGAGCAGAGCUCACAGGGACAGACGGCCUGCAGCAGGACACGCUCCAAUUCAACUAGUGUGCACCCCUACUGGAUCGGAGACCUAGACGCCAUCAUUAUGAAGACGCCAGAGCUUUGUCCCAGUCUUCCUCAAAGAAAUGGUGGUUUCUAUGGCACCCGGAAGUCCCUGUCCCAGCAGCUAGAGUUUCCUCAUAUCACUACACAGCCUGUGCAUCGGCCUUCACGCUCUCUGAGCUCCGCUCAGCUUCUCCACUCCUGCAGUAACUUCCAGGCCUUCAUCAUUUGUAACAUUGUGCUGAUGAAGGGCCAGGGGAAGGGCCUUGGCUUCAGUAUCGUUGGAGGGAGGGACAGCAUGUAUGGACCAAUGGGCAUCUAUGUGAAGACCAUCUUCCCUGGAGGGGCAGCAGCCACGGAUGGAAGGCUGCAGGAAGGGGAUGAGAUACUGGAACUGAAUGGAGAGUCUCUUCAUGGUCUCACUCAUGAGGAUGCCCUGCAGAGAUUCAAACAAAUCAAAAAGGGUUUGUUGACCCUGGUGGUGCGGACCAGCCUGCGAGUCGGCGCCCUCUGUGGCCAGGCCCAGGUAGCACAGCUGUGUCGGUCACGGUCCCUAAGCUCCAGCACCGGUAUAGCGAGGAUCAGCACUGACAUGGGAGACUACAACUACCUGACCAACAUCAGUAACAACGCACUGAGUGUCUCAGGUCAACCAGCCAAACCAAGGGACCGCAUCAUGAUGGAGAUUACUUUGCAUAAAGAGGCUGGUGUUGGACUAGGUAUCGGACUCUGUUGUGUGCCCUCUGGGGAUGGCUGCCCUGGCAUCUACAUUCACACCCUCUCACCUGGCUCUGUUGCACACAUGGACAGCAGACUCAGGUGCGGGGAUGAGAUCAUGGAGAUUAAUGACACGGUGGUUUACAACAUGGCGCUGAACGAUGUCUACACAGUUCUGAGCCAGUGCAACCCAGGCCCAAUUCAGAUCAUCAUCAGUCGACACCCCGACCCCAAAGUGUCAGAGCAGCAGCUAAAUGAUGCCAUAGCUCAGGCAGUGGAAAACAGCAGACUGAGGAGAGACAGGAGCCAGUGGAGUAUUGAUGGUCUGCGUAGGCUAGAGUCCUGCUCUCAUAGCAGACAGAAAUGUGAACGCUGUGUGGAAGGGAGCUUCGGUCAGCUGAUGGCACGGCGAUCCCAGAGGACCAUGACCCGCUCAUGCAGUGACACCUCACACAACCAGCACCCAAACCGCUGCUUCGGACCCACUGUCAACCUGGGCUCAGCUAUUGCCAUCAAGAACCUGCAGAACACACACCAUAAUCCCCCGGCCCGCGUCCAUAGCCUGGACCCACCCACGUCCAGGACUGAGCCAUGGCCUGACAACAGAAUGUCAGUGCCAGUGUAUCCUGAAGAUGACUACAACGUCCCCUACAAUUCUGCCACUGCCAGCCUUUCCAGUCAGCAGGCUUUGGAUUUGGCUUUCAGGGCAAACAAGUCCAAGUCCAGGAUUUGCUUCCCUCCACAGAGAUACUGCCGAUCCCAUGAUGUGACCAGUGAGGAAGGCUAUGCUGGAGACUCCAGCGGCUCGAGCAGAGGAUCCCCUGUCAGAGAAGGAGGAUUGGGUCUCCCAUACAAUGGCUGCCAGGAAGGAGAACAAGACAGAGAGCACACAGAGAGAAAUAGAGAAGUUCUCCCUCACAGACACGUUACUGUUCUCUCUGCCGACUGCCCAACACAGUCAUCUUGUACGGAGGACAGAUUACACAAAGGUGACUCGGUGCCCCGGUUCUGCUCCCUUGGUAAGAAAGGAGCCCUGAGGAGGCAGGCGUGUGUCAAGCAGCAUACACAGGAACACCUGCAUGAUCCCUGGAUUCGCCUUUCAGACAGCUCCCCCGGAGAACUGCCACAUCAGCACACUGUCAACAGCUCACAAUCUCUGAACACACAACGCAUCCCGCACUCAAUCAACGGAAACGACGCUGGCACCAUGACUGACAUAGGGUAUACAUAUGACCUCAGCGGUACAGCCACAUGCUCCACUUCAGUACCUGCCUCUGAUCUGCCCCCCGAUCCCAAAUCAGAGAACCAACCAGAAGUGAAGAAAGGACCCCCGGUGGCACCUAAACCCUCAUGGAUCCGCCAAAGCUUGAGAGAUAUUCGUAAUGAGCGGGAAAAGAGGGAACUAGCUAAAGAUGUGGAUCACAGAGCCAAGCCGGGACCCCAAAGAACCUUUGGAUCAAGCCUCAGAUCCCCCUCCUCUGCAGCCAACUUGUCAUUCAAGCAGAAAAUUCACUCAUUUGAGACCUUUUCCAAUCCUGGGGAUCCAGAGAAGGGGGAGAACAGGAGGCCGCUAGCCCCCUCUACCUCCCUCCCUCUGAUGGAGAAGGACCCUCCUAGAAGACAUCAUGCUGUGGGAGAUUAUGGGACUAGUGAAAAUGAAAUUGCCAAAGAGGUCAACAAAACCAUUCCUCUCUCCACUGAAGAGAAAGGUUACACAACCUGUUCUCCUUCAACUUCAGCCCCUUCAUCCCCUGCUGAAACUAGCCUCCUGGUCAUGGAUAAAUCCUCUAAUGCAAACCCUCCUCCCCCUCUGUCCUCCACUGCUCCCCCAUCAUCUGAGAAAACCAACACAGAUCCAGGAUCAGAGAUAAGUAACUCCCAAAUGGUCUUAGUUAAAGAUGAUAUGGACACCACACCAUCGAGCCAGGAGGCAGCGAUCCAAGAGGCGUACCCAGAGGUGGUCUCUGUCAGUGGAUCCACAGAGCAAGUCAUUGCCUUCAACCCUGUUCAGACCCGCAUGAGAUCCAGAAGUGACAGAGAAGACAAUCCUCAAGCUGACGAGAAUGGCGAGCUGAGCCAAGAAAAACAGCCGAGCCUGAGAACACGCAGUCUGCCCCUGAGUGCUUCUCCAUGUCCAGAUGGUUCCUCUCUCAGAGGCCUGGAAGAACAGACCCUGGGCAGAAUCCUAGCCUUCAGCAACCAGGUGUCCCAAGCUUUGAUGCGUUUGAUGCAACCCCUGCCCAUGACUCCCUCUCCUGACCAUCAAAGUAAUCCUUGGUCUUCCUCAGAAACCUGUGGACCUCAUGAUGUUGAAUCCAACUCCACCCAGUCCUCUGGACUCGAUAGUACUGACAAGGGAUUCUCUGUUAGCUUGGCCAAACUGAGGGAAUGUACCAUUGAGCGAGGGGAGGGGGGGUCAUUUGAGGACGCAACACUAACUUCUGCUUGCGCACAGUCUGUCAUCUCAGCUAUCCCCUCACAUGAAACACAGAGGAUGAUCCAGGAAGUCAACUCUCUGGAUGAGGAGACCCUGAAGCAACUGAGGGACAUCCAUGUGGUGAUUCUCCACAAAGAGGAUGGGGCUGGGCUUGGCUUCAGCAUUGCUGGAGGGAUCGACCUGGAGAGCAAAGAACUUACGGUCCACAGAGUGUUUCCCAAUGGCCUGGCAGCUCAGGAGGGGACCAUUGAGAAAGGAGAUGAGGUACUGUCUAUUAACGGGCAGACCCUUCGCAAUGUCACGCAUGCAGACGCAACAGCUGCCUUGCGCCAAGCCCGUGGUCUGAAGCAGGCGGUAGUUGUGAUCUCAAAGAGACCUGAAGCUGAGAGGAGAGAAGGAGGGGACAAGAGCAUGAACACACAGCACUCUGGCCCGGCAGUGGAGGAGCUUGGAGCCCCAGAGAGUGUGAUGCUAGAAAAAGGAGCAGGAGGAGUGGGGUUCACCCUGGAAGGCGGAAAAGGUUCCCUCCAUGGUGACAAACCUCUGGUCAUCAACAGGAUCUUUCAAGGUGGUGCUGCAGAGCAGAGUGGGCUGCAGUCUGGAGAUGAGCUACUGCAAAUCGAGGGCAGCUGUCUGCAGGACAUGACCCGCUUUGAGGCCUGGAAUAUAAUCAAGGCCCUGCCCGAAGGACCAAUCACGGCUGUCAUCAGGAGGAGGGGGCGGGUAUAGAAUGACCAGCCCAGCCAAUGAUACGCAGCUAAAAACGAUUAGGCCAAAGAAAACGGAAAAUAAAACAACCCUUCACAUUCUGGGAAUGCAAACUACGACAAUGGCAAGCUGAGUGAUAACACAUUCCUAUAUAACAAAUUGAAAAACAAGCAACUUAUACUAUCUCUGUGCUUUAUAGAGGAUUAUGAGUGACUGUUGACUUCUGUGGAGGUGGUUUUCACGGUGAUUUUCAACUGCUUUUCUGCUUCCAAAGCUGCCCCACAAACCUGCUAUAAUUGUAAAAAUUAGUGUGUGUGUGUAUGUAUGUAUGUGUAUAUAUAUAUGCACUGCCCUCAAAAGUUUCGUACACCUUGGCUUUUUUUAAAUUUCGGCGUAACGUCUGAUUUUGUUUUAUUUUUCUAUGAAAGCUAAAUUGGCUGCAAAUCUUUUAACAUAAAACUAUUAACCGAUACUAUGGUUAGAUUUAUGCAACACUCAGCCUCAUGUUCAUCAAAGUGUCUUCCUUGGUAUUGGCAUGUUUUCUCUAAAUAAUGAUAUGACAGUUUUCUUUUUCCCAAAUUAAUGCAACUGUUAAAGAGUACCAUUAAGCUGUCAGUUAGGACAGGUUAAACAUGAAGAGAAAUUGAUUAUUUAAUAUGUUUGUGGAGUUGUUCAUCUUGGCCCUCUACAUCUCUUUCUCUCUGUUGGAGCCAGUGCUGUCUUUUCUUUUCAGAGUUAUAAACCCCAUUCUUUAGUUUCUUAGCUAUUUGUCUAUUAAUAUGACCUUCACCUUUUAAACCAACUACAGAUUGACAAACUUUAAUAGAAAGCAGUUUAGAGCUUGCCAUUUCUCUUUGUAAAACUACAUAACGAAUGGGAUAAAUGACUAAAGUGCUAUCUGGAAAUAAUGACAUACCCCAAUUUUAUACUCUUGUUACGAUGUCAGCACUCAUCAGUGGCUACCCUUUAGGUGUUUUAAACUAAAAUAUCUUCAAUUACUUUUAAAGUACUUUUAAAAAUAGUUUGGAAAAUGAAAGCUUUCAAAUCAUUAUCUAGGCAAAAAUGAAGCUGAAUGUUGCAUUAAUAUACCCAAAGUAUUAGUAAAUAGCUGUUUUAACAAAACAUUUGCUGAUUUUUUUUUUUUACUUAAUUGAAAAGUAAAAGAGAAAACCUUCCAUCAUCUGGAAAAUGUAAAGGCAAGGUGUGCACACACACACACACAUCAGCCAAAACAUUAAAACCACUGACAGGUAAGUGAAUAACAGUGAUUAACUCAUUACAGUAGCACCUGUCAAUGGGUGGGAUAUAUUAGGCAGCAAGUGAACAGUUCUUGAAGUUGAUGUAUUGGAAGCAGGAAAAAUGGGCAAGUGUAAGGAUCUGAGCAACUUUGACAAGGGCCAAAUUGUGAUGGCUAUAGAUGACUGGAUCAAAGCAUCUCCAGAACAGAAGGUCUUGUGGGGUGCAGUGGUCAGUACCUACCAAGGAAGGACAGCCAGUGAACUGGUGAUAGGGUCAUGGGCACCCAAGGCUCAUUGAUGCACGAGGGGAGUGAAGGCUCCGUCUGGGCCGAUCCCACAGAAGAGCUACUGUAGCUCAAAUUGCUGAAAAAGUUCAUGCUGGCUAUGACAGAUAGGUGGCAGAACACAUAGUGCAUCGCUGUAGACAGAUCAGAGUGCCCAUGAUUACCCCUGUCUACCACAGAAAGCACUUGUGGCACCAGGAUGCACUAUAAGAAGAAGGCAAGCUGGUGGGGGCAAUGUUCUGCUGGGAAACCUUGGGUCCUGGCAUUCAUGUCAUUGUUACUUUGACAUGUAUCACCUACCUAAACAUCGUUGCAGACCAGGUACAUCCCUUCAUGGCAACGGUAUCCCAUGAUGGCAGUGGCCUCUUUCAGCAGGAUAAUGCACGCUGUCACACUGCACACAUUGUUCAGGAAUGGUUUGUGGAACAUGACAAAGAGAUCAAGGUGUUUCCUUGGCCUCCAAAUUUUCAAAAUCUCAAUCUGAUCAAGCGUCUGUGGUCUCCAUCCAUUAUCUGAACUGCUUAUCCUGCUCUCAGGAUCGCAGGGAUGCAGGAGCCUAUUCCAGCAGUCACUGGGCGGCAGGCGGGGAGACACCCUGGACAGGCCGCCAGGCCAUCACAAGGCCAACACACACAUUCAUACAUAGGGAACAUUUAGUAUGGCCAAUUUACCUAACUUACAUAUCUUUGGACUGUGGGAGGGGACCAGAGCCCCCGGAGGAAACCCACGCAGACACGGGGAGAACAUGCAAACUCCGCACAGAGGAUGACCUGGGAGGUCCACCAAGGUUGUGGACUACCCUGGGGCUCGAACCCAGGACCUUCUUGCUGUGAGGCAACCGCGCUAACCACUGCGCCACCGUGCCGCCCGCAUCUGUGGGAUGUGUUAGAAAAACAAGUGUGAUCCAUGAAGGUCCCAUCUCGCAACUUACAGGACUCAAAAGAUCUGCUGCUAACGUCUUGGUGCCAGAUACCAGAGGACAACUUUCAGAGGUGUUAUGGAGUCCAUGCCUCAAUGGGUCAGAGCUGUUUUGGUGGUAUGAGGGGGACCCACACAAUUAGGUAGAUGGAUUUAAUGUUUUGGCUAAUCUGUGUGUGUUUGUAUUUAUGUGUGUGUGUGUGUGUGUGUGUGUACAUAUAUAUAUAUGGAGAGAGAGAGACAUAAAAUCAGCGGUGUUGCUAGAUGUUGAAAUUACAACAUAAAACUCAAACACUGAUAAGCACAUUUGUUUGCCGUUUGCUAGCCUCAAUUUUGAUAUUUGACAAUUUCUCCUGUACAAGUCAAAUUAAAGACAACUGAAAGGUCUUUGUAUGUAAACUGAAAAGCUGACAAGUUUCCUGAGGUUCACUUGAAAAAUGUCAUUCUUUAAAUCGUUGAUAUGUUACAUCUGCUGUAAAAGAUCAAAAUAACUUAAGGAUAUAAAACUAUCCAUAUUGGAGCUACAUACACGUGUCUGUACAACAUUUUAUCCCAGAUCAAAGAUAGUCAAUGUAAGUUACUUUUCAUUUGUAUUCCUUUACAGCUUAAAUACAUAAUGGACGCCA